AUGAAUUCCUUCAAAGCCGUCGUCCUGAGCGCCAUCAUCGCCGCCCCGCUGGUGAGCGCGGCCGGCACCUGCUUCAACCUCCACGUCUCAGUCCUCGGAAACAGCACCGACACAAACCAGCUUCAAUCCCAAUUCGUCGUCUCUGCCCUCGAAGGCGGUGAAUACUGCAACAGCGGCGAGCUACGCAAAGGUGUCACAAACCCAUUCGACUGCAUCGCUGAAGGGGGCAACGUUAAGUGGGCGUUCGACCCUAGCGCUUUGACUGUAAACGCUGAGUACUGCUGGACUGGGGAUUCUGGCGCAUGGUAG